GCGCCCUUUCUCUGAUUUGCUCGCGUUCACUCCCCAGCUUGUACCGCGGCGCUCGAGAUGUCCGCUUUCAGUCUGGGAUGGACGCGCUAGUUCGAGCGUUUCCUGGAGCUGUCGGCGACGAACAAUGAAGCGCUACUGAGCCACUCGCGAGUGUUCCUUGCUUUCGGACUCCUCGGAACAACUGGAUGCAGUUCUUCAUAUUCAAGUGUGCUGUGCUUUGAGUCUCGGACACUGGGACUCUCGUUUCGUCUCGGUACUCGACGCGUCUCUCCCGCUUUCUGUUAGCCCUGAAGCCCGGCUCAGGGACAGCAUGACUUCGGCACGGGUGGAAUACAUCGCGCCAUGGUGGACUUACUGGCUGCACAACUUCCCGCACAUUAACCUGCGCUUUCAGCCGGUGGAGGACACCUUCAACCCGGAGGACGAGGACUACCAGCAGUCCCUGAUGUUCCUUCUCUGUGUGGCUGCUGCUGGCCUGGGAGUCAACCUUCUGUUCUUGGUCAUCUACCUCAGCUGUCUGUGUUGCUGUCGGAAGGAGGACAGUGAGGAGACUAAGCGUCCAAAGACUUGCUGUGUUACCUGGACAGCAGUUAUCGCUGGCCUUAUCUGUUGUGCUGCAGUUGGAAUUGGCUUCUAUGGAAAUAGUGAAACCAACGAUGGUGUAUACCAAAUGACAUAUUCUCUCUACAAUGCCAACCACACACUACAAGGAGCGGAUACACUGGUGUCAACAACCUUGGGCAACAUGCAGGUCUCCUUGAAGCAGCAUCUGGCUCGGUUAGAUGAGAUUUUUGCUAUGCACAGCGAUUACAUCCAAACCUUGCGCUUCAUGCAACAAAUGGCUGAUAACAUCAUCCGGCAAUUAUCAGACCUUCCUGUCUGGGGACAGAGCAAGAUCAAUCUGGCUGACAUGGCUGAUCAGAUUGCAUACUUUGAAUAUUACAGAUGGCUAACUUACCUGGUGUUGCUCAUUAUUGAUGUCAUCAUUUGCCUGGUGGCCUGCUUGGGUCUAGCAAAGCAGUCUCGGUGGCUGCUGACCACCAUGAUGACUUUUGGGGUACUCGCCUUGAUCCUAAGCUGGGCAUCACUUGGCGCUGACAUGGCCACCGCUGUUGGCACCAGCGAUUUCUGUGUGGCUCCGGACAAAUUUAUUAUGAACCAAACCCACAGUGACAUCAGCUCAGAUGUUGUGCACUAUUACCUGUACUGCAGCCAGACGAUGUCCAACCCAUUCCAGCAGGCUCUCACUACAUUCCAGAGGUCCCUCACGACCAUGCAGAUCCAAGUCCAGGGUUUGCUGCAGUUUGCCGUGCCGAUGUUCCCCACAGCUGAGAAUGACCUACUGAAGAUUCAGCAGCUAUUGAAUACCUCUGAAGCUGGCCUUCACCAGCUGACUGCCCUUCUGGACUGCCGUGGACUUCACAAGGACUACCUGGAUGCCCUCAUUGGCGUGUGUUACGACGGAGUGGAGGGUCUGCUUUACCUCAGCCUUUACUCGCUGCUGGCAGCCACUGCCUACUGCACCAUGCUGUGUGCCAUCCCACGAGCCUGGAGACAUUUCAGCAGCAGAGACAACAAUUAUGAUGAUAUUGAUGAAGAAGACCCAUUCAAUCCUCAGGCACGGCGGAUUGCUGCCCACAACCCUGCCAGAGGACAAAUGCACAGUUUCUGCAGUUAUAGCAGCAGCAUGGGCAGCCAGAGUAGCCUGCAGCCCCCGGCGCAGACCGUCUCCAAUGCCCCCGUCUCAGAAUACAUGAAUCAGUCAAUACUGUUUGGAGGAAACCCUCGCUAUGAGAAUGUGCCAUUGAUCGGCAGAGGCUCUCCUCCUCCUUCGUACUCUCCGAGUAUGCGGGCUGCGUAUCUGUCUGUGACUGGCGACCAGCAGAGACACUACGGCAACGAUUUCCAGGCAUGACGACGUCCAUCCCAGGCCAGCAACAUGGACUCUUCUCUUGGAAGGCACUGUUAAUAUCUGGAGCCCACUUGACUCUCCGACUUACCUGUCCAGGGAGGUGGAGGAGGAGGAGGACAUUUGUGAAGUGCAGUCUUCCCUCUGUCCAGUCUGUCACUGUCUGAGCUCCUGGCACUGCACCACCCUGCCAAGCAGCAGUUUGCUUCACCGCCCACAGCUUAAGAUUCAUUUAAUAUUUUAACAGUUUUUGUUGUUCUGAAUGGGAGGGGGGAGGAGAAAAAAAAAACCAAACUUGUGUGGCAUUCCUGUGCUGUGCCCACCUCUCUGGACAUGGGGGGGGGUUGGUGCUGUGGAGCUGGGCACUGGUGUGUGAGAAUGGCCGCUCGGUGAGCCGCUCUGACCGAUGCCAAGGCACUUCUACCAGUCACUGUGCCCUCUUUAACCUCAUUGUUUUACUACUUAAAAUGUUCUGCAAUAAUUUAUUAAAUGUGCAAAAAAAAUUGA